AUGAGCGAAGUGGUGUUUCUGCCCGAUGUUUUCGACCCGAAGCUCUUUCCCACCACGGAAGACGGCGAGCCGCAAUGCGUCUUCGCUAUUGCCAAAGGGAACAGCUCGGUGCCGGCGGUGCUUGCCGAGGCCUUCUUCCGCUCGGCCUACACCGUUGUCGACAUGCACAACAAGAAGGUCGCGAUGGCGGCGGUCAGACCAGACAGGUCGCUGGAUGACUCGCAGGUGGUCUCGUUCAACGGCAACGGCGCCCCCAUCCCUUCCGCCACGGAGGCUCCGAACCAGCCGUCCGCAGUGCUGAACCAGACGCUUGCCUCGCCCACCAUUGCGGACUGGAGGAGUAUCGAAAGCAACUAUACCGCGGCGGCCGGGUUCAAACUACUGAAGUCUACCUCUUCAAUAGGAAGCAAUGGGGGACUAGCGAAUAGUGUUAAGGCGGGGAUAGGGGUUGGUGUAGGAGUGUGCAGCUUGCUGCUACUCGCUUGCGCAUUCCUACUAUGGAAGAAGCGCCAGAAUAGGAAAGGAGUAGCAACCCUUCGUUCAGCCGAUUCGAGCACAGUCUUUGGGGUCUAUAAGCCCGAGCUAUCCGCCGAUCCGGCGCGCUUUGCGACACACCUGAGGCAUGAGGCAGAUGGGCAAGCACUGCCGGAAAUCUGGCCGCAACAAUGCCGUUCUGGGGAGCUGGAAGGUAGAGAGAUUCCGGUGGAGAUGGAUAGCUUUGAGCGCCCCGUGGAAAUAGACGCCCAUGGCGUGAAGUAG